AUGGCGCCCGCUCACGGCAAAAAGUACGCCGUUGCUUCGGAGAAAUCAUCAGGCCCCGGCCAUGCAGGCAAUAACACCAUUUAUGCACAAUCACACCCGCGUGCGCCAAUUGCUCAGGCAGGCCCCGCGCAUCAUCCUCAUGCACAUCCGCGCAGCAGCGUCAACAACAGCAUCCCGGGGCCAGGCCAACACGCCAUUCAUAACCCGCAAAUACCACAAAUUCCACUCAAUAAUCCACCGCCGCCCUCUGCCGCACCAGUGCUGGACCCUAACCCCGUCGCUGGUCCUGGCUCGGGUCCUAGUCACGGUCCUGGGGAUCCUGAUGUAAGUCACACCCCAUUUCCCAAAACCCUGACGGCACUGGAAUUUUCAAACUGUUUUGAUUUUCGUAUUUUGGCCAUGCCCUGGUCUGGCCGUUGA